AUGGAAAGACGAGUGAUUGUAACGACGCUCAGCUUGUCUCUGAGCAUCCUCUCUCUGGUUCUUCUGGUCACCGCUAUUUUCACGGAUCAUUGGUAUGAAACGGACACUAGGCGACACAAAGAGAACUGCGAUCAGUAUGGCUCUGACUACAACGACCAGAAGAACAGAGAUAUGCCCAUUUAUCACCUGCCGCUCGUGGACAGCGGCAACCCUCGGCGCAACCUCGCGCUCAUGAAACCUAUCCAUGUCGGGAGCAGAGAGGAGGAACUGUUGGAGAACUGGAGGGCGAUAUUGGGGAUGGGGAUCCUGGAGACGGAGUGCGGGAGACCGCUGUUCUCGACAUAUUCUGGCCUGUGGCGGAAAUGCUACUUUCAAGGUGUCGACCGUGAUAUCGACCAACUCGUAUCCAAAGGUAUUGCAGACAGGUGCACCACGGUCAAGUAUCACUUCUCUCAGCCCAUCCGGCUCCGCAACAUCCCCCUGAACCUCACCAGGACCAUCCAGCAGGACGAGUGGCACCUGCUGCAUCUGCGGCGCAUCACGGCGGGGUUCCUGGGGAUGGCGGCGGCCGUGCUGCUGUGCGGGAGCAUCGUCGCCACCGUCGGAUUCUUCUGGGAGGAGAGUCUCACCCAACACGUCUCGGGACUCCUCUUCCUCAUGGCAGGGAUCUUCUGCACCAUCUCCUUGUGUACGUACGCCGCCAGCGUCUCCUACGAGCUCUCCCGUAACCCUCCCUUCAUCUACGGUCUGCCGGGCGAUGUGGAGCACGGCUACAGCUGGUCCAUCUUCUGUGCCUGGGUCAGCCUGGGCCUCAGUGUGACCUCCGGCUGCAUCUGCACCGCGUACCCCUUCCUGAGUCGCGCCAAGAGCCUGCGCUCCAAAACCGCACGCCAGUCCUCCGUAUGA